AUCGACUCCGAAGGCGAAUUAUCACUGAAUGUUGCGAGGGAUGGGAAUACAGAUCAGUUACGAAUGACUGCCUGAUGCGUAAGUGUUGGAAGACGUGAUUGGAACGGGGGCAGAAUAGACAAAGUAUUGGCCCACUCGAAAGUAGCAUCCCGUCAAAAAUCAGGUUUUGGCCUUUCUUGUACCGUUGGUAAAACUCUAGGCUCGAGUAAAAACCUAAAAGAAUAACUAAAACUUACACGCUAACUCUAAACUAAUGUUUAGGUACAUGUAGCACGAAAUGUCGGUGCCCCUUUACACGGUAGCCGGCCAUUAUAGACAGGGGUCUCAUUUAUGCCCCAUUAUUUGCACCGAUUGCUGUCAAUUCUACGCUGAGGCAAUGGACGAGGCUACCGAGAGGGACAUGGAAUACGGUAUGUACUGGUACAUCAUCAUUUGGGAAACGAGACUUGUUAGAAGCCAAAGUCCCCCUCCCAUUAGCGUGUUGACUUGUAGCGUUCCCUGAGGGUGACACAUUCUACAGCUUUUGUUUUCCACUUGGGUGAAAUAAUGGCUAGCGUUAUAAAGUGCUCAAUGACACUUUUUGCUCACUGCUAAAGGGAUUAAAAUGUUUAGUGAUAAAUUUAAAUCUAGGAAAAGAAUGAUGUAAAAUUAUGUUACAUUCUUUUCUUGUAAUGAUUAAACCACACAAACAGACAAGCUGGCUCGGUGGUGUUUGUUGUGUUUUAUUCUUAUUUGGUUCAAAAAAUCUGGUCCCACAGAAACCUAGGAUCGCUUACAUUAAUAUGUUAUCGAUUGCGUUAACAUGACUUUUGGACGUAUGCCAAGGCGUGACAUCAAAAAUGCCUUUCGGAACAGUUGCACAUUCGUGGGAUUUUACGCCGACAAAAGUCCCAGAGGUGGAAAGAUUAUGUAUUUAUUGUAUCAUUAUUGCGUGUCUUAUUUUGUGUUGAGCUUGUGGGUCAUGGAUCAACGGAAGUCCCUGGAAUUCUCGACAUUUAACAAAUUAGAACACCGCGUGUUUACAUGGCAUGAUGUUGAUUUAUGGCAACGGAAACUGCCACGGUAUACAGGAAGCGUAUUUCGGCAGUUGCUUGCAAAAAAACCCAAUCCAAAUCAGCUUUGUUCUUGAUGAAUGCAUCACUUCUCUGUGAACUGUCAACCGACAUAGCCCGACUUUUCGAGUUUUGCCAUUCAAGCAAAUCUCAACAGUGAUUUCUGUUACGUGCACAUUUCAGGGCCAGGCAACCAUUCCAAAUACUUCACUGUUUUGGGUAAUUUUAAACGUGACAAUUUCGGGACACGGUUGUGCAAGGGAGGACCACUGGGAACAUUACUCUGAGUGCUCUGCAAGCAAUCGAAAUAAAGGGAAAUCGACCUUGUCCAAGAAGACAUUGCAGCAGCACUGAACGGUGAUGUUGAUCCACACUCUCACUGUAGGCCUAUAUUUCUGUCUCCUUUUGGCGCCAAGUUGGGCUUUAUCAAGUUCCGAUGCCCACACGUGUUUGCGCACGGAAACGUACAGGACAUCCUACAGCGGAACAGUAUCCGUAAAAAGACGGCAAAAUUACUCCAUCGGGUGUGGUUUCUUAGGCUGGGGACGAUGUAAAAAGCAUCGUUAUGUCUAUAGCACUGGAUACCGACAGCGGUAUCGAACGAGCAGGAGACAACGGAGAGUGUGCUGCACAGGUUGGCGGUACAACCCGGCAAGAGAUAAUUGCCUUCUGCCUAUAUGUGACCCGACCUGCAUAUCAGGCCAAGGUGUCUGCACCGCCCCCAACACCUGUACGUGCUCCCCAGGCUACGAGGGAUCCCGCUGUGAGCACACAUGCCAGGCAGGGCACUACGGCCAGAACUGCGCCUCCACCUGCAGCUGUCAGAACGGCGCGGCAUGCGACCCGGCAUCGGGGGCGUGUUCCUGCCUGCCGGGGUGGCAGGGGAGCACCUGCAGCCAGCCCUGCGCGGAGGGGUUCUACGGAGACCACUGCUCAUCCAGUUGCCAGUGCCGGCGCAACUCAAGCCAGUGCGACCACCAGACAGGACUGUGCAGCUGUCACAGUGGAUGGACGGGGGCCCUGUGCGAUGCAACCUGUCCUGCAGGGACCUAUGGUGAAGGGUGUAACGGUGUCUGUGGGUGUCAGAAUGGAGCAUCUUGCCAUCAUGUAAAUGGUAGCUGCAGCUGUCAGCCAGGCUGGGAAGGCACGAUGUGCGAGAAUGCAUGCCAGGAAGGUUUCUACGGCAACGGAUGCUCAAAUACUUGUCAGUGCCAGAAUGGGGCCCACUGUGACAAAGAAACAGGUCACUGUUGGUGUACUGCUGGCUGGCAGGGCGAUACCUGUGGAGAACCUUGCCAGGGCAGCUAUGGCUUGGACUGUCGACAUCUCUGCCAGUGUCAGAAUAACGCUACCUGUGACCCGGUGAAUGGAGAGUGUAGGUGCACACCUGGCUGGAUUGGGGAAGUCUGCAAUCAACCUUGUGACCAGGGAUCCUAUGGCACCAACUGCAGCGCCACAUGCCUGUGCCUGAAUGGCGCCGUGUGCAACCACGUGACUGGGGCAUGCUAUUGCACAGAAGGUUUUAUAGGUGAACACUGCGGCGAGGUGUGCCCUGAGGGACACUACGGUCUGGGUUGUGCCUACUCCUGCUCCUGCUUGAAUGGUGCCAGCUGCAAUCCUGCAACUGGCCAGUGCCAGUGCACGGCAGGGUACACUGGCUACCAGUGCGGCCAGCAUUGUCCACAUGGCUACUUUGGGCUUGAGUGUCAGAGUAGUUGUGAGUGUGAGAAUGGCAUCUGCGACCACAUCAGUGGAUACUGCGCCUGCCACCCAGGUUGGCAAGGUGAUGCCUGCAUGGUGACCUGUGACACUGGCCACUACGGCGCGCAGUGCCAAGACCAGUGUGAGUGCCAUAAUGGCGCAACCUGCGACCAUGUGACAGGGGCGUGCACCUGCAGCGCCGGAUGGCAGUCAGAGCGGUGUGAUCUGGAGUGUGAUGUAGGCUUCUACGGCACAAACUGCGCUCUGGCCUGCCAGUGCCAGAACGGCGGGAUAUGCCAUCACGUGACGGGUGCGUGUAACUGCACGGCAGGCUAUGCCGGUGAUCUCUGUCAGGAGCAUUGUAGUGCGGGAACGUUUGGGGAAGGCUGCACUUUGACCUGCGCCUGUCUGAAUGGUGCCACUUGCCAUCACGUGACUGGCCUCUGCACCUGCGCCGACGGCUGGAUUGGAUCCACUUGCAAUCAGUCCUGCCCGGUGGGUUACUACGGUAACGGAUGCACGGCAGAGUGCCGAUGCCAGAAUGGGGCAACAUGCGACCACGUGACAGGAGACUGUUACUGCACCAGCGGUUGGCAGGGUGUGCAUUGUGAUUCACCUUGCGAUGAGGGUUGGUUUGGCCAAGACUGCUCAUUGGAGUGUUUCUGCUACAACGGAGCGUCCUGCCAUCACAUCUCAGGAGAUUGUCUCUGUGCUGACGGCUACAUUGGGAACCUGUGUGAACAGCCUUGUUCCCAAGGAGAGUAUGGACCAGACUGCAGUCUGGAUUGCGCCUGUGAGAACGGCGCCUCCUGCGACCACCGUAAUGGCAGCUGCACCUGUGGCCCUGGCUGGCUGGGAUCAACUUGCAACACCACCUGUCCUAGUGGGAUGUUUGGCAUGAGUUGUCUUUCCCAGUGCACAUGUCAGAAUGGUGCUCUCUGCGAUCCCGUGUCUGGUUACUGCCUCUGCCAGCCCGGUUGGGUCGGUGACUCCUGCGAGGAUGAAUGCAUGCAAGGUCAUUAUGGUCAGGAUUGCGGCUUCCUGUGCCUCUGCCAAAACGGCGCCCACUGUGACCCAGUCUCUGGGCUGUGCACUUGUGCAGCAGGCUACCGGGGAACGAUCUGCGAGGCGCUCUGUCAACAGGGCCGCUACGGUCAGGACUGCCAAGAGGUGUGCGCCUGCCAGAAUGGGGCACCAUGCGACCACGUCAAUGGCAUCUGCACGUGCCUGUCAGGCUACAUUGGCGAGACCUGCAAUGCGACUUGCCCAGAAGGGCAGUACGGCCACAGAUGUCUGCAGCAGUGCUUGUGCCAGAAUGAGGCUGGCUGCCAUCAUGUGGAUGGCACCUGUAACUGUACGGCUGGCUGGACUGGGUUGCUGUGCAGUGAAGCAUGCGAUGAUGGUUACUAUGGAUACCAAUGUAGAGAGCAGUGUAUGUGCCAAAACCAAGGGCUCUGCAAUCCUGUCAAUGGUGAAUGCACUUGCCAAGCAGGUUGGCAGGGUGACCACUGCGAGAGACCUUGUGACCCUGGUUACUAUGGCGACGGUUGCGCAUCACUGUCUGGCUGUCAGAACGGAGCCAUUACCCAUCACGUGACGGGAGUGUGCCACUGCAGUGCAGGGUGGACCGGGACAUUGUGUGACGAGCAGUGUCCGUCAGGUUUGUAUGGCAACCAUUGCAAUCAGACCUGUCUGUGUGAAAACGGAGCAACUUGCGACCACGUCAAUGGUACAUGCUACUGCUCAGAUGGAUAUGUUGGUGUCUUCUGCGACCAAGCUUGCGAACAAGGUUUCCAUGGACAAGACUGUGAGGCAGCCUGCCUUUGCCAGAACAAUGCCACCUGCGACCACGAGACGGGGAACUGUGCCUGCACGGACGGCUGGAUCGGCCCUGUCUGCAACACGACCUGCGAGGAGGGUUUCUACGGCCACCAGUGUGGGCAGGAGUGUCUUUGUGAGAACAGAGGGCUGUGCGAUCACGUGACAGGAGGGUGCUCUUGUGCCCCCGGAUACAUUGGGGAGUACUGCCAAGAGACUUGCCCUCGACCAGGUGAUGGGUAUGGCUCAGGCUGUCUGUCGCAGUGUGACUGCUUGAACAACGCCUUCUGCCAUCCCAUCAACGGCAACUGCUCCUGCACUCCGGGAUGGCUGGGCGACCGCUGCGGCGAUGCCUGCCCUGAAGGUUUUUAUGGCAACGGCUGCCAGCAUACCUGCGUCUGUCAGAACGGAGCGGACUGCGAUCAUGAGAGCGGAAAUUGCCUCUGCCAACCAGGUUGGAGAGGAGCGGUUUGCUCCGAGCCCUGCAGUCUUGGCACAUUUGGUCCCCACUGUGAGCAUGCCUGCACGUGCCAGAACGGAGCCGCUUGCCACCAUAUCAGCGGUUACUGCAACUGCACCGAUGGCUGGCAGGGCACCAGCUGCAACACGACAUGUGACAGCGGUGCGUACGGUUGGCGCUGCGGUCAGGAGUGCCAGUGCCAGAAUGGUGCUGCCUGCGAUCAUGUGACCGGAGCAUGUUCAUGCUUGCCAGGAUGGCAGGGCGAAUAUUGCGAUGAACUCUGCGAUUCUGGAUUCUACGGUGAGUCUUGUUCCCUGACCUGUAGCUGCAUGAACGGUGCCGAGUGUAACCCCUUCAAUGGUUCGUGUUCCUGCACAGCCGGCUGGACUGGUGCGUGGUGCCAGACCCGCUGCUCAGGUGGACAUUUUGGUGUUGACUGCCGCUACCUCUGUACAUGUCAGAAUGAUGGGACGUGCCAUCCAGAGACUGGUUACUGCACGUGUGCACCAGGCUGGCAGGGAGACUCAUGCCAGUACAGAUGCCCCCAGGGGUUCUAUGGGGAGAAUUGUCACUCUGUCUGUCCAUGCCAGAACGAGGGUGUUUGUCAUCACAUUACCGGUGCAUGCACCUGCCCAGCGGGAUGGAUUAGUGCUACUUGCAACACAUCAUGUCCUGAGGGCACCUACGGCAUCGGUUGCGCCUCCCAGUGCAUUUGCCAUAACAACGCAUCCUGUGAUCCCCAGAGUGGGCAUUGCUUUUGCAAAGCUGGUUUUUACGGUACUCUCUGUGAGUCCAAUUGUUCAGCGGGAUAUUAUGGAAGCUACUGCCUACAGAAGUGCACGUGCAAGAACGGGGCGAUCUGUGAUAAGGUAGACGGUCACUGCACAUGCUCAGAGGGUUGGCAAGGCAGCAACUGCAGCGCGCCAUGCGACGAGGGUUCCUACGGCACUGACUGCCAGAACGUAUGUGAUUGCCAGAACAACGCUACUUGCCAUCACAUCACGGGGGCUUGCCUUUGUCAGCCAGGAUGGGAAGGAGACAAAUGCCAGCUCUCCUGCCCUGAGGGAAUGUACGGCCAGUCAUGUGGUCUCAGCUGCGCUUGUGUCAAUCACGUCAAAUGCAAUCCAGUAGAUGGCAGCUGCACAUGCCUGCCAGGAUACCAGGGAGGAAUGUGCCAAUACUUAUGUGAAGAGGGAAGUUACGGCCAGGACUGCCUGGCAACAUGCCAGUGCGUCCACGCCUCGCACUGCAUCCCACAAACUGGGGCCUGCCAGUGCAGCGAUGGUUGGGUCGGGGAGCUGUGCGACACGGCCUGUGAGGGAGGCACCUACGGCCCGCAGUGCUCGCUGUCCUGCACCUGCCAGAACAACGCCACCUGUGAUCAUGUGACCGGAGAGUGUGACUGCACUCCAGGCUGGAUGGGGACGACAUGCAACGAGACCUGCUGGGAAGGUAUGUAUGGCCAGAAAUGUUUGGAAUCCUGCCCGUGCAUGAACGGUGCCCAGUGCAAUCACAUCACUGGUGCGUGCACCUGCCAAGCGGGAUGGAUCGGGGCCAAUUGCGAGCAGUCAUGCCCCAAGGGGAGGUACGGCGACGGCUGCCAACUGGACUGUGCAUGUCUGAAUGGCGCAGGGUGCAAUCCGGCCACGGGGGCAUGUCACUGUGCCCCCGGGUGGGAGGGCGACAUUUGCUCGUCACCCUGUAUCCAAGGCAGCUAUGGAGACCAGUGCUCCCUGACGUGCCUGUGCGAGAACAAUAGCACCUGUGAUCAUGUGACAGGACAUUGCACCUGUACGGAUGGUUGGACUGGCUGGCAUUGCAACCAGCCCUGCCCGCCUGGGUUCUACGGCCUUGAGUGUCAAUACACCUGCGGCUGCUUCCAUGGCUCCUGCGACCACGUCACGGGACUGUGCUCCUGCAGUGCGGGCUGGCAGGGGGACACCUGCGUGGUGCCCUGCAACGGCAGUUACUAUGGCAACAACUGCCAGCAGGAGUGCCCAUGCCAAAACGGUGCCACGUGCCACCCGGUCAACGGCACCUGCUGGUGCCCAGCCGGCUGGACGGGCGUCUUCUGCCAGAGCACCUGCGAGUGGGGGUUCUACGGCCUGGACUGCACGUUACAGUGCCCCUGCCCCAGUGGGACGUGCGACCCGAGGAAUGGGACCUGUCUUGAGCCACCGGAGUGUGCGGAGAACCGCUGGGGGCCUGACUGCGAGCACACUUGUGUGUGUUACAACGGCGCUGUCUGCAAUCAGACCAACGGGAAGUGUCUAUGCAAGGAAGGAUAUAGCGGAGACAAGUGUCAAUUCCAAUUGCCCACACAGAAACCAGUAAUUACCUUUGACGGCAAUCGAACUGCGGCUGACAGUGGAGAGAACACCAAGCCCUACAACAAGCGUGACGUAGCCAUCUUUGCGUCAUCCCUUGGUCUUGGACUGAUUGGCCUCAUCAUUAUCAUAGCAUGUCUUGUCAGACGACGACAACGUCAAAAGCAAUUAAAUAUCCCGAAGUUAUCUGAAGCUGAUCUCAUGGCGAGCCGAGGUCGAAUAUUGUCAGUCAGCAGUGAGACCACCAAUGAAAACAGGAAUCUACUCAAGGCCAGAGAGAAGAAAUCCAAGAAAACGUUUGAGCCCAAGCCUUCACACACGAACGGCAAUCAAGCCUGGAUGUUUGAGAACCCUCUCUUUGGGGAUGGUGAAGCCUUAAAAUAAAACACAUGGCUGACGGCAAACAAACGGUUGCAGUUUAUAUCAAGGGUAGACUCUUACUUUUUGCUGUGUCCCAGAGCCCAUUUUUUGCCAACCAGUGGUCAGCAAAACCAAGUUUUUAACUUUUGGCCUCCCUUAAUUUGGCCAUCCACAAAGGAAUGUCUGCAUGUGAUGCUCAUGAUAUUAAAGGGCCAGAGGUUUACUAUCCAUGGUGCUUCCUUCUCGCAGCCAAAUAUUUACAUGUACAUGUUGUAAAGGACAGAAAGCAUAUUGGGCCUAACAGUCACAACAUAAACAUGUCUGGAUUGAUAAUCAUAAACGCGUGUACAUUGCAUUAUCAUCUUACCACCUCUACAAGCUUGUUAAUAAGAUGGUUUAUCUAUAGCCGUACUUGCUCCAAGGCUGGUUAAUGUGUCCAAAGAGUUAUAAGAAUAAUAGAAACUGAAGGAUUAGGCUCGGCUGUGGGUUAACAUUUCAGUACGGGCAUUCAUAUUUUGUGUUCCUUUCCUGAUUUCAUACAGAGCAUGACACAAAUUGUGUAUAAUGUGUAUCAUCAGGGGAUGUUGUCUGUCGAUUGGUCAAGAGAGUAUCAGGUGACACUUUUGUUAUUUAAAUUUCAAUACACAUCAAAACAAACUAUACCACAACAACUCGCAUUCAGAAAAGUGCUGAAGACGUAGCAACCAAAGAACUACAGCUCUAGUAAGAAAAGUGUCCGUGUUUUUACGUACAAAAGUGUAUUGUUGGUUUUUUGUCGACACACUACAGAGGUACGUGUCAAUGGGAACAUUUCGUUUCAGGGUCCAGACGAUGAAACUUUCUCACACACCCUUUCUGUGUAACUGAUUCCACUUUUUCAUAUCUACAAGGUGUGUGAUAUCCUCUUUGGGGCUAUCAGCGUAUGUGAGAAAGGGUGCACUGUUUUUAAACAUUGCAAAUUGUCUGCUUUUCUAGACACCAGGAGUGCCGGUUGCUUGGAUGUCACUCGAGGAAGACACUGGUCAGUUUAGGUUUUCUGUUCAACCUGUGAACCUUAAUCUGCUCAUGGAAACAUUUCACAGAGACCGUUGCUUGUUGGCUCAUGGUCAUGAACGCAUGCCAAACCAACAAUGCAUCUCCUAAAGAAAUUUGAAAUUUUGAACAGCAAAAUGGAAAGAACUUCCAGCAGGUUUUUGUUCACAGAUCGAUGCAACAUUGGCGUUUUCUCCCACGAAUGACUUCACAAUUUUGCUCAUGGAUAUGGCAAUUUACAUUACCAUUAAUCAGAAUGCGCCAAAAUACCCUUUAAAACAGCAAAACAAAAAUCAGAAAUAAGAUUGCUUCAAACACAUAGAUGUGUUUCCCGGGAGAACAGUAAACAAACCGUAUUGCAUGGACCCCUGAAAGGGAGUUUUCAGUCUUCUCUUUCAUCAGGAAAAAAAGGUUUUUGGCGGGAGAUCUUUUUGUUAGGAUCCACUCUCACCUUCUGAAAGACUAACUUCGUUUUCCAAAGCACUUUUUGAGUAGUUUAAUGAUAGAUUUAUCAAAACUGAGCAAUCGACACAUCAAUCAGUUAAACUUGUAAUUAAAUUUACGUAGUUGUCACAGUCCUUUAUAUCUCUUUGUCACAGCCGUUUGACUCGAGCGAAUUUGAUUCAAUUUUGAACUACAUGUAGGGCCUACUUGACAAUCCUACCAAUCCAAUGGCAGUAUAUCAAUGCGGAAACUUAAAUUUAAGUCUUUAACUUAGAGGAUUUUUUCCAGUCAUUGAGAAGUGUGUCUGAGUUUCAUGUUUGCUAAAGGUGUGCGUAACGUGGAGGUGAAAAGUUAAGUUUUUUAUUAUCUUUGCAGAAAUGUGGAAGUUGUUUGAACUUCUUGGAAGUUCUUGUAUGUAGAUUUGAGGUUGCAGUUUCACUAGUCGUAAUGUUUAACAAGUCUUUCCCAAGUUCAAAUUUGUAAAUAUCACUGACGCUUUCCGCUUCAAAAACUGUGACAAUUUGUGUUAGCUUUGCUUAUCACAGCUUGGAUUCCUUUUAAUAGGUAUAUGAUACGUGGCCCGUUACAUUUUGGUUUGGAUUUCUUUGACCACAGAGAAACAGAGUUUCCAAAAGAGAAUAGACAUGUAAAAAAGGACCGAGGUAGGCCGAAACCGUUCAAAAAGACUUGCCUUGCUAUUUCAAGUUGACUACUCCAAAAUUUUGAUUUAUGACGUCGACAUCGCAAAAGGAAUGCGUUGCCUUUAAAAAAAUGGGUUUUGUAGUUACUGAUCUUAAAUGAUUAUAACGAGGCUAGCUUAAAUAUUCUGCUGUUUUAUGUCAAUAAGGGAAUGGUGAAGAGUGUUAGUGGUAGAGUACGCAGUGUAAUAAACUAAAUUUUGCUGUUUUUCAACCGUUUUGUCCAAGCAUCCGUAUAAUUAUUUCCAAAGUUUCAAUCUUGGUCACUGCUAAAGUGAUUUUAAGUGGAUGGAGUAUUCUAGGUGUCCAUUUCGAGAAGUCUUUGACAGAGAUUGAUAGGUCAAGCACUUACCCCUGUCCAAGUCAUAUAUGACACUUGUCUUCUAGCUUAAGUACAAAAGAUGAUGUCAGACAUAAUCUAUCCAUUACAGGUUUAAUCGUUCUGGGAUUCGUCUGUGCCACCCCACUCACACGUCGGCUUCGAUAAAGACAGUCAUUUAUUCCAAAUUCAAUCCACUGUUAUAAUGCUAAUCCACUGUUACAACUAUUUAUUUGGAUACCCCCCGACACACUUUCCUUGGUAAUAACAGGGUGAGAAUAUGCAAUAUCAGUUAGGAAAUUAUUGUCUUUGUAGACUGUGAUUGCCAUUUAUGUUACUUUAAUGCAAUCUUCUUGUUUUGUUAUUGAGUGUGAUUGUAAUAUUGAUGAAUGCAACAACUUACUGUUUGCAACAAGCCAAUGGAAAGUAAAUUUCUUUGUGAGUUUUGGCAUGGACAAUAAUAAAUUUGAAUCUUGUUGA